GCUACUCGGGACAGCGACAUGGGUCUGCAGCCUGUAUGCCCUUGUCUAUUCCACACUGCAUCAGUCGGAAUACCACCGCUUCUGCCGCUGCAACAGACGCAGAGCAGGCUUGUGCCUUUUAGGGGGCCUGGUUUUCUACUUCGGUGCGCUACUGCUGAUCCUGUCGCUCUUCGUCUUCAACGACCGCGAACCGCCAGAGCUGCGGCCAGCGGAUCCUGCGGACUCCUUCACUGCCUGGCCCCCGUUUCGAGAGAGCCAUCUUGACGCUUGGACGAACAUGUCCAAGGUGGACCCCUUACGCAUGGUCUAUGCCCGGGGUCCCGUCCAGUACUGGGAAUAUUCCGAUGUGGCUGGCUUCCUUUUUGGAUGCUUGAUACUCCUGCUGCCUUUGACGGCAUACAUCAUGGGGGACGACAGAGAUGAAGAUUGA